UUUAUCCCAGCUUUUUUUGCUCCUCCCAGUGAGCCGAGGUCUUCGAACUGGCUAAUAUGCUUGCCAUCCUCGUCCAACUCGCGCUCCUAGUCUCGCCAGCUUUUGCGGCAUGCUUCUAUCCCGACGGCUCGGUUGCACAGGACACUCCGUGUACCGACUCGACCACGCAAUCUUCAUGUUGCGGCACCGGUUACGCGUGCAUCGGCCACUCGUCUUCCUUCUUCCUCUGUCAGGCAACCGGGACGAGUUCCAGAAGCCCGGGGCAUCACAAUUUGUCCGAGGCAGCUGUACGGAUAAGAGCUGGAGGAGUUCCAACUGUCCGAAUGUUUGCGUCGAUCCCGAGCGAGACCAUACAGGUGGAGGCAACGGCGUGGCUCCAUGCCCCCGUUCCGACAUUGUCUUCUACUGCAUAAGCAGAGGAUUAGGCGUGGAGAACUGUACCGCCGGCUUCAACCUGAUCGACUUUCUAGGUACGUUGCUCGUCCGUUUGGGCCAUCUCUUCAAGAGCCUUGCGCUGGUUGGUACUGACUGCGCUCUUGCGAUUAGUGAAGCCUUCCAUCUUGACUACGAUAGGGGCUGCUGCGUCCACAAGUUCUACCUCGACCUCGUCCCAAGUCACGACAAGCACGUCGGGAGUGUCAACUUCCCCUGGGACCACAGAGCUAGCACAAGUCACGACGAGCACCUCGACCGGCGUGUCAACUUCCCCUGGAAACACUUAGCUAGCAACAGUAUCCCCCAACUCAUCAGCUGCUCCUUCCAGUAACGGCACUACCAUAGGUGUUGCCGUCGGGGUAUCCGUGGGUGGGCUUGGGUUGACAGUCAGGGCGGUAGCAACCUGGCUGUUGAUCCGAAAAAGGCGACGCUCUGAUCAAGUCCCUAGCGACACCACCACAGUUCAUCA